GCCCCGCCCCGGGUCCGCCCCGUCCGAGGCGGGAACCCGCUGAAAACCCCCGGCCCGCGCCGGGCGCGCCACUCGGCCCGCAGCCCCCGCCCGGAGUGCGCGCCGGCCCGACGCUGCCCCCACAGCCACCACUGCCCUUUGGAAUGGCCAACAGGGGACCUGCCUACGGCCUGAGCCGAGAGGUACAGCAGAAGAUUGAGAAACAGUAUGAUGCGGACCUGGAGCAGAUCCUGAUCCAGUGGAUCACCACCCAGUGCCGCAAGGACGUGGGCCGGCCCCAGCCUGGACGCGAGAACUUCCAGAACUGGCUUAAGGAUGGCACGGUGCUGUGUGAGCUCAUCAACGGGCUAUACCCCGAGGGACAGGCGCCCGUGAAGAAGAUCCAGGCCUCCACUAUGGCCUUCAAGCAGAUGGAGCAGAUCUCUCAGUUCCUGCAGGCAGCCGAGCGCUACGGCAUCAACACCACUGACAUCUUCCAGACUGUGGACCUCUGGGAAGGAAAGAACAUGGCCUGUGUACAGCGGACACUGAUGAACCUGGGUGGAUUGGCCGUAGCCCGGGAUGAUGGGCUCUUCUCUGGGGAUCCCAACUGGUUUCCCAAGAAGUCCAAGGAGAACCCUCGGAACUUCUCGGACAACCAGCUGCAGGAGGGCAAGAACGUCAUCGGGUUGCAGAUGGGCACCAACCGCGGGGCCUCCCAGGCCGGCAUGACCGGCUACGGGAUGCCACGCCAGAUCCUCUGAUCUUCCGGCCCCGUUCCCGCCCUCUCGUGAAUGGUUAAUAUAUAUAUAUAUUUUUUAGCAGUGACAUUCCCUGAGAGCUCCCCGGGGCCCUCAGACUCCCCUCGGCCGGGUGGGGGCCUGGCCUCCCUGGGGGUGCCCCCUGGCGGGCUCUCCCCUGUGCUUACUAAUACAUCCCCUUCCUUAAACCCACCAAAACUGGACCAACUGGCCUCUCUUCUCCUGGGACCAAAAUCUGGGGGCCUCGCCACCCCCCUACCCCUAUACCUCUCCUCUUUCCCUUUGGCUUCUUUUUGCCCUGAGCCCUGCCCUCGAUCCGUUGCUUGGCCAGGGCUCGGGGACGCUGCCUCCUGGCCUUCCCUCCACGAGGAUGCCUCGCCCCUAGCUGUGGCUGCAGGGACUUAAUUUAUAGGGAGAGGCCUGUGGCGGUGGCCACCCCAGCCACAGCUGGGCCGCGCUCACCACACAGCUGGGCAGUCGGCCCCUAACAGGGGCCCUCUUGGCUUCCCAUUUUUCAUUCCCCUUGCUGUGGCUAAAGGGUGGG